AAAGUUAAAGGAAAAGCCUUCGACAAAGCUGAAAAUGCCUGGUUAACGUCGUUCUGUAGCUAAUCCCCUAGCCAGCUUGCUAGUCAAGCGAAUAAAAUGAUUGCUAGCCGCCGAGUUUUCCCUUCGGAGGAGAGCUCUAUAAUUGGCGGCUAUGCAUUAAUGGAAGUUGUAUGCAUAUUGUGUCCCUUCUCCCACAAUCCAUAUGUGUUACAUCCUUUUUCAAGAAGAGCCCUUUUUGGAGAGAGCAGUUGUGUUAGCCGUGUUGGCUAACUAGCUAAAGUUGGAUCGUAAAGGCCGAAGCGGCGCCAUUUUGAAUCAAGCACCUUAAUUUAGAGCUAGUCGUCCAAGGUCCAUAUCGGUGCUUUUCCACCUCUUGUGUGAAAUUGAUGGUGAAAGGAAAUCGCAUCAACGACAAAGUCUACCCGCACGCUACUAUCGUGGGAGCAAAAUUCUUCUUUUUUUGGUCAAGUCCCAGCGCAGCGGCCAGACGGCCUUUUGUUCGGGAGUGGCUGACGCUCUUCUCAGCAAGGCCCAUUUUGGUGGCUAUUCAACCGGUGUGGCUGUUGCUUUUUGGAUGGAUCAGUGGACUUUAAACCUCCUCUCUGAUAGUUUUCAUGUUAAGGCAAAUCAUCACUCCUUAAGUGUGAAUGAAUAUCUAAACAAAGCCCCAGUCAAAAUGGCGUGUCUCAAAAUGGACGCUCAGAUAAUCCACGCUCAUUGAUGGGGGGAUAGCUGGGCCCCCUUUCAGUUUGUUUACAUCCCCCUCCCCACUCAUCUUAUGGACAUUUCCCCCAUCAUGAAAGCCCUUUUCGUGGCUUGGUAAAGAACUCUUGUGCGGGCCUGGAAAACAUGGUGCAACGCUGGAGGCAACGCUGCUUCAGACGGCGACCCCCUGUGUCCCUGAGGAUCAUGUCUGGAGGGCCUCUGGUGGAGCCUAAACAGCUUCCAGAUAAGUGGCAGCACGACAUGUUCGACAACGGCUUCAGCGGCUUCAAUGGUGCUGCUGGAGGUGGAGGAGGAGCUGGCGUGGAAACUGGAGGGAAGCUCCUCGUGUCCAAUCUCGACUUUGGGGUCUCAGAUGCAGAUAUUCAGGAACUUUUUGCUGAGUUUGGAACUCUGAAAAAGGCCGCAGUUCAUUACGACCGAUCAGGAAGAAGCCUGGGAACUGCAGAUGUCCACUUUGAAAGGAGGGCAGAUGCGCUCAAGGCCAUGAAGCAAUACAAUGGCAUCCCACUGGAUGGGCGCCCUAUGAACAUUCAGCUCGUCACAUCACAGAUCGACACACAGAGACGGCCAAUGCAGGGUCUGAACAGAGGCGGCGGUGGAGGAAGCAUGAUGAACAGAAGUCGUGGUGGUGGCAGCGGCUUUGGAGGCAUGCAGAGAGGCCGUGGAGGGCGUGGCGCAGGUGGCCCUAGAGGACGAGGACGAGGCGGCCGUGGCGGUAGUAGCAAGCAGCAGCUGUCAGCAGAGGAGCUCGAUGCCCAGUUAGAUGCCUACAAUGCCAGGAUGGACACCAGCUAAGAACGUAAAAACAAGUUCCUGAGGGUCGUCGUCCCUUCCUGUCUGCACAGAAGGGUGGCUGUUACAAAUGUGCAGAUUAUUUUACACUUGGUUGUCUUCUAAUGUGAUUGAAAAUAUUGCCCCACCUCUUGUUUUAAAUGCUCCAAAGUGUUUUUUACCAGUUUUGUUUGUUUUUUUUUUUUUUUUUUUUUUUUUCUGAUGGAAAAAAAAAUGGUUUCAACUGUAGGUUAUGGAACUGGGUUUCCCCAGUUUGUUCUUCUACCCUGUAGUUAAACACUUGUAAUAAAAACCUGCAGUGCAUAUUAACCACAUUAAAUGUCCUGUUUUUUGUUUUUUUUGUUUGUUUGUUUGUUUGUUUGUUUUUUGUUUUUGUUUUUCUGGUCAUAUGUCUACUUGUGCACAAGUUCACUAUAAAAUGUAUGAUUUCACCUGUAGUGUAUCAGGAUUAAAGACCUGUAUUUGCUGA